UCGAACCCUAGUGAGAAGCUGAAGCGCUGAUCCAGUAUGGGUGUGGCAGGCGCGCCGAAGAUCAUGGCGGUUCUGGCGCUCGGGCUAGCUCUCCUCUGCGCUGCCGCCGGGCCGGCCGUGGCGCAGAACUGCGGCUGCCAGCCGGACUACUGCUGCAGCAAGUACGGUUACUGCGGCAUGGGCGACUCCUACUGUGGCGAGGGAUGCCGGUCGGGCCCGUGCCACUCGGGGGGUGGCGGAGGCAGCGGCGGCGGUGGCGGCCGUGGCGCGAACGUGGCUAGCGUCGUCACCGGCGCGUUCUUCAACGGCAUCAAGAACCAGGCCGGUGGCGGGUGCGAGGGCAAGAGCUUCUACACGCGGAGCGCGUUCCUGAACGCCGCCAACAAGUACUCCGGCUUCGCCCACGGCGGCUCUGAGGUCGAGGGCAAGCGCGAGAUCGCCGCCUUCUUCGCGCAUGUCACCCACGAGACCGGACAUUUCUGCUACAUCAGCGAGAUCAACAAGGGCAACAGCUACUGCGACGCGAGCAACACGCAGUGGCCGUGCGCCGCGGGGAAGAAGUACUACGGGCGCGGCCCGCUGCAGAUCUCGUGGAACUUCAACUACGGGCCUGCCGGGAGGAGCAUCGGCUUCGACGGGCUUGGGAACCCGGACAAGGUUGCUCAGGACCCCGUGAUCGCGUUCAAGACGGCGCUCUGGUUCUGGAUGAACAACGUGCACGGGGUGAUGCCGCAAGGGUUCGGCGCCACCACUAGAGCCAUCAAUGGCGCCCUCGAAUGCAACGGGAGGAAUCCCGAACAGAUGAAAGCGCGGGUGCGCUACUACAAGCAGUACUGCCAGCAGCUCGGCGUCGACCCCGGGAGCCGCCUCACCUGCUAGACGGGCCGGCUUCAUUGAUGCAUGCUUGGCUGGUGAAGAAUAAAGAAUUAUACAUGGGUGUUGCACACUCGUGUAUAAUGUUGUCGCCCGAAGUUAAACCUAAAGUUUGUUUGAGGAAUAUUUUUUUUAAAGGAUUGCACGAGCUCUGCUAUUUCAUUUGAAAGUUUGAUGAAUAUGCACUACUACUAGUAUUAAUAAUGCAGGCGCAGGGCCUGUUUUUUUUGAAAUAAAAUAUUUUCUU